AAAAUUAAAAAGAAAGAGAGAAAAGUUCCACAAUUUUCAGUUUGCUCGAAGCCUGUCUGUUUCAAGCAUCAUUGCAAUAUCGCUUUGCUUCCAUAAGAGCAUUGUGUACAGUAUUUGUCUCGGAGUGCAUCUAUCAAGUUUAUCAUGAAUAUGCAGUCAGAAGCACAUGCAACUAAAAAGGGGGAACCAGGUAGCCUAGAUGUAAUUCACAACAGCAACGUAUCUAAUAGCAUAGAGAGCUUCAAAAGCGGGACCAGUGGCAGUAAUUUUUCUGAUGUGUUCCAAUCAAAGCAUGGGUAUCAUGGGGAUUUUCUGGCGUCUAAGAUUUCAGAACUAAUGAAAUUGGAAAGUUUAGAGAGUGCGACUUCUCGGUCACUUUUCAGUGCUGUGACCAGUAUUCUGGAGGAAAGCAUUGAGAAAAAGAACGAGAGUAUACCUCAGCGUGUGGCAUCUGUAGUGAAAUUAAUUGUACAAGAAAUUGAGCAAAGGGUAUAUAAACAAGCAGAAAAUAUGAGAAAGCAAAAAAAUCUGUACAAGUCUCGUGAAGAUAGGUACCAAUUGAAAAUUAGAGCACUUGAAACUCUUGCAACUGGAACAAUUGAAGAAAAUGAGAUUGCCAUGAAGCAAUUACAACAGAUAAAGGUGUGUGUCUGUAUAUGAACAUAGUUUCUGCUCUCAUGACUCUG